AUGUCAAAUCUAGCUCAAGCACGAUUACAUGAAGAGCGAAAACAAUGGAGGAAGGACCAUCCAUUCGGAUUCUAUGCCAAACCAGUAAAAGCCGCUGACGGAACGAUGAACAUCAUGCUCUGGGAGGUAGGGAUUCCAGGCAAGACAGGUACAAUUUGGGAUGGAGGCGUCUAUAAAGUAGUUAUGACAUUUCCUGAUGAAUUUCCAACAAAACCACCAAAGUGCAAAUUUGAUCCACCACUCUUUCACCCCAAUGUCUAUCCUUCUGGUACGAUCUGUCUGUCGAUUUUAGAUGAAGAGAAGAACUGGAAACCCUCAAUCACAAUUAAACAGAUCGUUCUCGGUGUUCAGGACCUUCUUGAUCACCCCAAUAUUGGCGACCCCGCACAAAUAGAUGCUUAUCAGAUGUACAAGAACGAUAAGAACGCAUAUGAGCGCCGAGUUAAACAGCAAGCAGCAGAAAGAAGACCUAAAUAG